AUGGCCUCGAAUACGCCCGUGGAGGAUCUGAUCAGAGAAAAGAUUGCUGCAGAAUUCAACCCUUCAACACUGAUAAUUCGUAACGAUUCACAUCUCCACGCCCACCACAAUGCGAUGCGCGGGUCGACAUCGACGGAAACGCAUUUCCAUGUUACCAUUACAUCCCCCGCUUUUCAAUCAAAAAUGCAACCGGCGAGACAUCGGAUGGUAUACGCGCUGCUAAAAGAAGAGAUGAGUCGGGAGGGGGGGAUCCAUGCGUUGCAGUUACGGACGAGGACGCCCGAGGAGGAGCAGAGAGACAAGGAGAGACUGCAGAAUCCAUAG